AGGAGCGCGACCCUCGAGGUCGAGGCAAUUAUUCGUAAACGGGGAGGGAGCGAGGAGGAAUCGGGGCCGCAUGAUCCACUUCGCGCUCCUGUUCAGCCGGCAGGGCAAGGUCCGUCUGAGCAAGUACUACAAGCCGUACUCGCAGAAGGAGCGCGCGAAGAUGGUGAAGGAGGUGACGACGCAGAUCCUCGCGCGGCCGUCGAAGCUCUGCAACGUGGUGGAGCAUCGUAACCUGAAGCUCGUGUACCGCCGGUACGCGUCGCUCUACUUCUGCCUCGCCGUGGACGACACCGAGAACGAGCUCAUCGUCCUGGAGAUCAUCCAGCACUACGUCGAGAUUCUCGACAAGUACUUCGGAAACGUGUGCGAGCUCGACCUCAUCUUCAACUUUCACAAGGCGUACUACAUCCUGGACGAGGUGCUGGUCGCCGGUGAGCUGCAGGAGACGAGCAAGAAGCUCAUCGCUCGGCUGGUGGCGGACCAGGACCAGCUGGUGGAGGCGGCCAAGAUUGGCGCGGUGGAGGCGGACGGGACACCGCUCCAGAAUCCCUAGGACGACGACGAGGGUGUGACGUUUGUUCGAUUAGCGCGCAUAGCAACACGGUGAAGAAAGGGAGCUCCGUU